AGUUUUCUUAAUUUUUUACAACCACCACGUAGUUGGCGGUUAAGCACCAACAAUAAGGUGUCUGAGCGACACGUCUCACCACAUGUCAAUCCAAGAAUUACCGUUACCCCAUCCCAAAAAAACCCAAUCGUUUAUUUAACCAUUUAACAUUUACGGUUUUACUUGCAAAGAUCACAAUGAUGGCACCGAGAAGAGAAAAGAAGGUUGUUUCGGUGACGAAGAAGAAGAAAGUAGUGGAAGAGACACUCAAAGUAACUGUCACAGACGGAGAUCCGAAUGUUAUCACCGAGACGCAGACACAAGAUGAAGAGACACAAGAUCUCACGUUUUCCAUUCCCGUCGAAGAAAACGUUACCACGGUUGAGAUCCCUGUGGAUGUUCGAGAUGAUCAAUCACCUCAGGCACCGGAAACUCCCGCUCCUGUAAGUGAAGGCACUGUGAAGGAGGCCCAUAAGGUUGAGAAGAAGCAAAGCAAGAAGAAGAAGAAGAAGAUGAUGAAAAGGGGUGAUUUAGCGGGAGAUCAUGAGUAUAAGAGAUACGUGUAUAAGGUGAUGAAGCAGGUUCAUCCAGAAUUAGGGAUAACGUCGAAGGCGAUGUCGGUGAUUAACACGUUCAUGGGAGAUAUGUUCGAGAGGAUUGCGGAGGAAGCAGCGAGGCUAAGCGAUCAUACAAAGCGGAGGACGUUGUCUUCGAGGGAGAUUGAAGCAGCGGUGCGGCUGGUUUUGCCUGGAGAGCUUAGCCGUCACGCCGUGUCUGAAGGAGCUAAAGCUAUUAGUAACUACGUUGCUUAUGGUGCCAAGAAACGUUAACAGUUUCGUGUUCUUCUUGUAAUUUUUUGUUUUUGUUUUCCAACUUGACGGUUAGGGUAAAGGUAGUAUAACAUAGAAAGCAUGGUUUCUAGAUCUUUUUUUUUGUUUGUGUGUGUACUUAUGUCCGUUUGUGUUCUAACUUCUAAUUCAGUGUCCUCCGUUCUGUAAAAUAUUUGUUUGCUCAUGUUUUUGGUGUUU